UUUCAGUAGAUGCAUGAAAUACCAAACUCAAUCUGAACGAUUUCUUUUUCGUCUCUCUCUCUCUGUCUGAAGAUGGAAAGAGCUCAAGCAAGUGGAGACGACAAACAGAUGAUACCAACUGAAACCAGGUACCAAAUCUAGAGAAUGACGAUCAAUCAACCUUGUCCAACUGCGUAGGUCACGGCUUCAAUACUACAAUUGCUCAGGAAAACCUCAAACUCACGGCAGUCCGAAAAGAAGCAAUCGGGCCUCCGCUAGCGACUCCAACGAUAUAUGAAAUGAAUGUCUACAAUUCGGUCAUCUAUGUAAGUAUGUAUAUAUAGGCAUCAAGACCAAAGCGAUGGGAGCAGUACUUCUCUCUCGCAGACGGUCAAAAAAGAAAAACGAGAAAAAUUGAUCGAAACUAGGGUUUGAUCGAAAGGAAGAGGAUGGGAAUCGAAAGGAAAACAAGAACGAUGGAGAUGAUGGGAACAAGAGAGAAGAAGAAGGUUGAGUGGGACAGACCGAUCUACCUACAGGUCAGGGCCGAAGACAAGUCGUGCUUAUGGUUCGUAAUUGAGGACGGACGGCGGCCAAGGGAACAAGGAUCUGAAGAGAAUGACGACGACGAUGAUAAGGUAAUCUUCCAUGGACUAGAUCUUCCCCAGCUUGAUUACCUUCCCCUUCCUAACAGCCUUGUGGUGUUGAACUCCCGAUUAUACAUGAUUGGUGGACGUAAAUAUACUGGUAGACGUGGUUCAGUGCAAUACUCUUUUGGGUAUGAUCACGUGGACUUAUCGGAACAAGCAAGCAAGCAACAAUGGCGUUUCGAAAAAGAUGAAUGGACUUUAUAUUCGACCGGCUCGGUGGCCUGCUCCGAUGACGGUCUCGUCUAUACCUUGGCACCUCGACGCUGCUACCGUUUCCGUUUCGAUCCUCGCAGCGGCGGUGACGUCCGUUCAGAGUUCCCUUCCGAAUUCCCAAUCGAAUUAGGAGUUGCACCGCAUCUUGUCAGUAUUUCUAACAAGUAUAUUUACGCCUAUAGCAAAGGCGCCAGAUCUAAUACCUUGGUUCGGUUUGAUUUGGAGAAAAAGGAGUGGGAGUGCCUCUAUAGGAAUUUCUGGGGUCGCUUGGCUCCCGGAGUGGUGCUCUACGGUGACUCCUACUUAGUAUGCUUUGGGACCAAGAAACCAACAUGCAGUUCCUUGUUCUCCCAGCAGCCUGGUUUGUACAUGUUUGAUAUUCGCCAGAGUCAGUGGCUCGAUCAACCUGUCAAGGGCCUUGAUGAUGCUCUUCCGGUUAUCCCAGAAGGGUUUGAGGAGGACCGCGUUUACAACUACUUUUUACCGCUCUUGUUCCAAAUUGGAACCCAAAGGUUUGCUUUGGUUUGGGGCGAUUAUUUGGAAAAUGUCGGUUGCGAGAUUCAUUGCCACAAAUUCACAUUCGACUACACUCCCAGCGGCGGCAGCGAUGGCACUACCGAAAAGAAUCAUCCACCAACCUCAUUUGUUGCUCGGAGGCUCUCAAAUGGAGUCCUUAUUCAGCAAGACGGCACAUUACUUGGUUGCACUGUAGGAAUUGAAUCUUCUGCACAAGAGAAAGGAAAAAUACAUGGAUCAUCUACACUUGUGUAGCUAGUUGGUCUAGUGAGCUUACAAAUCAGUUCAGCUCGAAGUCAGAAGUUGCGGUGUUAAUCUGAAGAAUGUCUAAUUGUUUAGUAUCUACAAGAACGUUUUGGCUACUCUACUUGUUCCUUUAAUUGGAAUAUGUUUGUUACCUUAUGGUUUGAAUUUGGGAUGUGAGAUUUUACUUGUUCCUCCAACUGUCCAAAUGAAAUCUGUGCUUUAUG